GUGACGCAGUGAAGUUGAAAGGUUCUCGAUGCUAAUGCUAAGCGGCUCGUGUGUGUCGGACUUGUUCCAGAUGUGAGUCACUUUUACGCUUUAAAUCUUUUAUGUUCGGGAUUUUGAAGAUGUCGGACACAGAAGAAAACAGCGCGAUGUUGGAUCCGUGCGUCGUCAUCACGAGCUCCGACCAAACGUUUCAAGAACAAGAACUGAUCAAACAGAUUCUGAAUUCAGGGACGUUACCGGAGCCGACCAAAGUGGACAAAGACGUGGUGUGGUAUCCAUGGACCAUCAACAACAAAUAUUACACAGCAGAAGUGUCUCUGUGCACCGUCCCCAGCACCUUCCACAUGUCAUUAGAGAUUUUCCAGGCGACUCAGGCUUUCAUCGCUUAUUUUGACAGUUCAGUGAAAGACGGACUUGAAAAGCUGAAUCCCUGGAUAUCGGUGGUGGAGGAGAUCGCUCCAGAGGUUCUAAUUCUAGUUUGUGACAAAGUCUGUGAAGACGGAGUCACGAGGCAGGAGGCCCAGCAGUGGUGUUUGGCUCAUUCUUUUGAACUGAUCGAGCUGAACCCCGAGGAUCUCCCAGACGAGGAAGACGAUUUUCCAGAAUCCACAGGGGUGAAGCGCAUUGUCCAAGCUCUAAACGCCAACGUGUGGUCCAAUGUCGAGAUGAAGAACGGGAACAGUCAGGGUCUGGGUCUGAUGAGCAGUUUGGUGGCUGUAGCAGGAAGACACAGUUCUUCACGGAGCAGUGCAGAGCCGUCACUCUCAGGUUUAUCAGGGUCUGUGGACGUGGAGGAGCAAAAGGAAAGUGAAAACCCCGUCUCGGCGCAGGAGGACGAGGACGGUGUGGUCGACGCCAUGACAGAUCUGGACAUCCAGGAACUUGCCGACCUCACCGCAGGAAACGCAGAUGUGGAUAAUUUUGAACGUCUCUUCACCAAACUCAAAGAAAUGAAAGACAAAGCUUCAUCGUUGCCUCACGACCAACGAAAGGUUCACGCAGAGAGAGUGGCGAAGGCGUUCUGGAUGGCCAUCGGAGGCGACAAUGACGAAAUAGAAAGUUUAUCCUCAGGAGAAGAAAGUUAAAAUCAGACUCAUCAGCCUCGUCUUCCUCGUUACGUAAGGUCCAGAUUCUGCUCCUCGUGUUUCAGUCCAGAACAGCGACAGAACCUGGAACUGUUCUCUUGUUUUUUCAGUCUGUCCAGGAUCCACCAGAGAAACCUACAGUUUAAUGUAAAUGUCUGUCCACUAAAUACCACUUUUAAUCAUCCAUAAUUCACUUUUUACUUUUCCCUGUGUUUAAAAUAAAUGAAGGAGUCCAGUUAAAGUCAUGAAAUGAACAGAAAAUAUUUGCAGUCUGUAAGAAGGUUUGUGCUCUGAAGUGUGAUUGAAGCUGCACAGGAGACGACUCGACGUCAUCAUUAGAACAUAAAAGUCACUCUGAUAUUUAACUCUGUGUAGAUCGUUUAUGAAGCUGGUGAUAAACUAAAACAAAAGGUGAAGAACAGUAAACUGAACAAAAUUAGUAAUUUAAGGGCGACUCACACUAGGACUUUAGAACCGUGCGACUGCUGUGGUUCUAUGUUCCACACUCAGACCUGCAGAACAGAACCGAUCCACGAGGACGUCAUCACACUGCGCCGUUUGUUUACACGUGCUAAUGCUUUUAGAGGAGAAAAUAAGUCCAGCGGCAGAAAUGUCUAUUAAAUAAUGAGGCUCAUGAGCGUCUUUUUAUGAUCCGCUUCUCUGUGAGUUUAUGGAGAUAAAAACAGCGCGGAGCAGUGAGGACGGACGGAGACGAGAGGAAGAUAAACUUCUGUCUCUGUCCUGAUUGAAGGUGAGUGUGGAUUCACUCUGUGUUUUGGAGCGGAGUUUAUUCACUGUUUUCCUCGUUUGAGUAACUGGCGCUCGUACAGUAAAGUUGUGCUCAUGACAAACGUGCCGCGGUUUGACCCACACCUUCCGACCGGCCCAAAGUGUCUGAGCACAGUUCAGUUUCGCUCACACUGGACAAACGUACCAAAGUUUUAAGGUCGAUCUUUGCUUGGACUCGGUUUUAAAGUCCUAGUGUGAGUGCAGUCGGUGAAAAACAGUUGUGACGUUGUUUUCUGAGCGUCUGUAGUUUGAGCUGAGCCUCGUCUGAAUUGUCUGGUACAAUUGUGUUUUCAGGCUGCAGAUGUUUGACCUGAUUUAUAUUUUUUAGCUCUGGAAUCACCGAGUCAAUUCUUAUGGAACAAACACAGAUUUAAAAUGUCACAUCUUCACCGUCAAAACAAAUUAUUCUUGUACACAGACCAGUCCGUGUUCCAUUUGUUCUUUUGAAUUUUAAUUAAGAACGAAAAACAAUCAAAUGUGAAAACAGUUUAUUUCAUUUUUCUAUUUUAGUGUCAAACAAAAAGCAGAUUUUGACCUUAAUUUCCAAUAGGCAAUAUUUAUAAAAACAGUCUCAGCGACUAUUUUAAUGUAAUUUUUUUCUUUCUGGUUUAUCUUAAGUUCUUCUGCUCAGCGUCGCCUGUGAAUUCAGAGUGAACAUGAAUCUAUAAUCAAAACUAUUUUUAUUUUGGUUCUGUGGAGUCGACUGAACAAAGUUUCUCUGCUUCUGUUUCUCGUCGUGGAUCAACAUUGACUUUCUAAAACGUGAAAAUAAACACGUCGCUGUAAAAGAAGAAACAUGUUUGUCACAAAAAGGUUCGUCCUUCAGCAGCGAAACUUCAAAUAAACCAAAGAAUAAAAUAUCAGCAUUAAAAUAGACACGAGACUGUUUUUUAUUGGUGUAAUUUGAAAUAAACUUUAAAUUAAAUAUUGGAAAUGGAUCGAAAUCUGUUUUUUUUUUUGUUUGACACUAAAACAGAAAAAUUAAAUAAUAAACUGUUUGCAGAACGAGCGGCACACGGACACACGAGCCUCCCUCUGAAAUAAUCAUCUCAAAUUGUAGAAUCUCACCGUCCGCUGCACAUCAACUUUCUGUCUUUAUUUUAUUUUUAAACAGAGUUAUGUAACAAAAUCACUGCAAAAGAGAUUAUUUUUUAAUUUCCUGUUCCCUGAAGUGAAGGGAAAUAAAUGAAACUCUAUUCUUUGUGAACUGAAAAUGUCAUAAUUAUGUUUUAAAAGCCGACUAAUAUUUAAUGAAUAAAUAUUAGAAAAUCCA